AUUGUCGCCAGUAAAAUAAAAUUUCCAAUAAACAUCUUCAAUAAAAAAAUUGUUUAAAGAAAAAUCUUAAAGCAUUUUUCGUAGUUGUUUAAAUAUUGUUUAAAAAACAUAAUAAUCGAUUUAAAAAAAAAAGUAUAAAGUCGAAUUAUAAACUAAAGAAAAAUGGCUACGAUGAAUAGUUUUACAAAUGUUGCCGCGAAUUCAACCAGAAUAUCCAAACCAAAUCAAAAUAUUCAAGUUUAUGUGCGCGUUAGACCUAUGAAUGCUCGAGAACACGGCAUAAGAUCAGCUGAAGUUAUUGAAGUCCAUCCGCCCAAAGAAAUUAUCACUCGUCACAUAGCCGAUUCCAAGCUCACCAAGAAAUUCACAUUCGAUCGAACCUUUGGCCCAGAUUCCAAGCAACAUGAGGUAUAUGAAACUGUCGUGGGUCCACUUAUCGAAGAGGUCCUCUCGGGCUACAAUUGUACAGUAUUCGCCUAUGGACAAACUGGCACCGGAAAGACGCACACAAUGGUUGGCACUGAAUGUGCUGAAUUGAAGUCUUCUUGGGAUGAUGUUUCCGAGAUUGGUAUAAUUCCCCGUGCUUUGAGUCAUCUUUUUGACGAGCUACGGAUGAUGGAACUGGAGUUCUCGAUGCGAAUCUCAUACCUGGAACUGUACAAUGAAGAACUCUGUGAUCUAUUGUCCUCGGAGGAUUCUACUAAGAUCCGUAUUUACGACGACAGCACUAAAAAGGGUUCUGUAAUCAUUCAAGGCCUCGAAGAGAUACCAGUUCACAGCAAAGACGAUGUUUACAAGUUGCUGGAGAAGGGCAAGGAACGUCGACGAACUGCUCAGACUUUGAUGAAUGCUCAAUCAUCUCGAUCUCACACCGUGUUCUCAAUCUUGGUUCACAUCAAAGAAAAUGGCAUCGAUGGCGAGGAGAUGCUUAAAACUGGAAAAUUGAAUCUAGUCGAUUUGGCUGGAAGCGAGAAUGUCUCGAAGGCUGGCAACGAAAAAGGCAUUCGAACAAGAGAAACAGUCAACAUCAAUCAAUCACUUCUAACGUUGGGAAGGGUUAUAACUGCUUUGGUUGAACGGACUCCUCAUAUCCCGUAUCGUGAAUCCAAAUUGACACGUUUGCUUCAAGAGUCUCUGGGUGGUCGCACUAAAACUUCGAUUAUUGCCACUAUAUCGCCAGGCCACAAAGAUCUUGAAGAAACACUGAGUACUCUGGAAUAUGCCCAUCGAGCUAAGAAUAUUCAGAAUCGUCCAGAAGUCAAUCAGAAACUAACCAAGAAAACCGUACUCAAAGAGUACACCGAGGAGAUUGAUAAAUUAAAGAGAGAUUUAAUGGCUGCUCGAGAUAAGAAUGGAAUUUAUCUUGCAACAGAGACUUAUAACGAUAUGACUUACAAAUUGGAUUCACAGAAUCGAGAGUUGAAUGAGAAGAUGUUAAUGUUGAAGGUUUUGAAAGAUGAACUCGCAAGUAAAGAGAAGAUUUUCAAUGAGGUGAGUUUGCAUUUGGUGGAGAAAGCCGAAGAGCUGAUUAAGAAAGAUAAGGACCUAUCCAAGACACAAGGUGAAUUGCAACUUACUAAAAAGGUUUUGUCAACAACAAUGCGGAGGUACAAAGAAAAGAAAGUUAUUUUAGAUUGUCAUCGUAAAACCGAAGAACAACUACUCAAUCAGGCAUCAAAGUUGAUAGAAGUAGCUGACAUUGCAACAAGCGAUACAUUUAAACUUCAUAACACAAUUGAACGACGCAGAGAUAUUGAUCAUAAAAUUCAAAGUGCAUGCGAGCAGUUUACAAAUCGUAUGAAAUCCUCCUUUAAUCUCAUGGGUGAAAAUUUAACUACCUUGCAAAAAGAUCACACUUCCCAUCUCGAUUUGAUAAAUGAUGAAUUUUCAAAUAGUAAAAAAAUACAAAACACAUUUCUUACAAACGCAAUGGGUAAAGUCGAAUCAAUCUCAAAUAUUUACCAAAAGUCUUUUGAGUCUUUUACUGAGUGUCUAGUGAAACAUUUAACCUCCAUGUCAACUAGAAACACUGAUCACAAAGCAUUUGUACUCGAUGUCCUUGCGAUCCUCCGAGUAAAAGAAGAUGAGUUGAAAGUGAAUUUACAACAGCGUCUCAACGAAUUACAACAAACUUUCGAUCAGCAACGAACAAGUGUCGAGAAGGCAAAUGAAAAUAUCACACAUCAAAUUGUAGAAAGCCACAAAAUAAUCUCGAAACAUACAGAAGAGUUGAAAGAACGUCUCCAAGGGAUGGCUGAAACAUCGAAAAUAUCAUUUGAAACAGAAAUUGAAAAGUUAAAUGCAAAUAUGGAAUCGAAGAAGGCCUUAGCCACCCGUCGUCAAAAUGCUCUCGCUGAAUUUAUGAAACAAAUGCAACAGAUGGACGAAGAAGAUCAAAAUCUCACACAGGCAGUAACCAGUGUUACAGGUAAUCUAGAAACUAGCAAACAACAAAUCCGAAAAUCGAUAGAUGAGGAACUUAGCAAUGCCGAUGAUUUCUGUAAGAAACGACAUCAAAUGCUUGGCGAUAUUCAAAAAUUAUGUCACAAUUUCAAAGAAGAUGCUUCGCAAAAUCUAGAUGAAUGCGCUGCGAUUAAACAUUCCGUUGACACCGAACAAGUUGCGAUACAUCAAGAUAUCCAAGAACGUUUACAAAAUCUCCAACAGUCGAUUGAGAAGAAUUGUGAGGAUAUUAGUUCCUCCCUUUCAUCUCAUCGCACAGAAUUUGAAGGUAUUCGUGAGGAAUCUGCUUCAAAACUAUCCAACGAAUGCCAGGUAGUAAGGCAAUUGAUGAAAGAUGAAAAUAGUCGAUUGAAAAAGCAGGACAUGCAGAAUAUUGCCUUGACUAAUUCCUUACAAAAGAAUGUCAAAGAUUAUGCUUGUGUUUACAAUGAACAAGUGAAAAGGUGCAUUGAAGAUAUUAAUACGUUCCGUGAAAGUGAAACAAAACCUUAUAUUCCAAGUGGGCAAACUCCAUCGAAGAGAGAUUUUUCGUAUCCAAGGGUUUUGGCUUCAACGUCGCCCCACAAUCAAAUUAUCAAACGCUAUCGACAAGAAACCGAUUGUUCUGAUUUGGAUAUGACAAUAAAUGAGGAGACUGAAAUUGCUGCUAUUUUAACUGAUCCUGAUGUAAUUCUCAACUCUACGCCAAUCGAAAUGAAUAAUUCUUCAGAUGAAAAAAUUCUCAUUAAAGACUCAAACAAUAAAAUUCGUGAAGGUUCUUACCUGCCUAGUUUGAAAGUUCCAACAAAUAACCGAAGUAAGCCAUCUUCCCGCAAAAACUCACCAGUUAUUGGUCCAGCCAGAAAAGAAAAUAAAGAAAAUGUAUUUUAGUCUUUAUUUUAUACAUGAAAAUGUUUGUUUUUUAUUUAAUAUUAAUUUUAGUGAUAGUUUUACAUAAUAAUUAAACCAACAUAAUUUUAUUUGGAAUUUAUAUAUUAAACAUAAAAAAGAAGUAAAAGAACAAAAUAUUCCAUUGGGAUAUUUAAAAAAUAAAAAGAAAACUUAACAUAACAAAAUUUAUGUAAAAAAUAAUUUGAUAGAGUUUAUGUUUAAUUUAUGUACUCGUAUCAAUUUAAAACAAAAAAAUAUUUCAUUUUAAUUAUUUAGUCCCAAGUAAUAUGUUUUAUACGCAAUGCCCAACUUUUGAAAUAAAUUUAUGUUAAAAAUCAAAUUUAUGUAUUAAAUCUAAAAA